AGCAAAACAACUAGAGCGUAAUAAAAUGUGCUUGAAAGACGCGCUCUGCCGUACACCUUGACAUUCGCAGUUCUGUGUGACAUCUGAUAUGACGAUAGAAAAUUACCUCUCCCAAAUGGGAAUGGCUCAGAAGCAAUUCACAGACAGAUAUACAGAAUAUUCCGGCCCAGCCCAGGACCAACCUUUGUAUUAUCCAUAUGAACCAGUGCCAUCACAAGUACAUGUGAAUGCACCAUUUAAGCACCAAUUCAUAAGCGGAGGUCAUAAAAACAAUGCAGCUAUGUCAGCUUUGACACUUCUGGCCUUUCUGUUUUUCCUGCAUAUUCUGCAACAAUGUUUGAAGGACCAUAUGACCGCUAUGAGUACUCCACAAGUAAUGUUAAUGAGCGGUGGCAGAGAAGGCGACGAACACAUCGCCAAACUUUCCCACGAUAAAAUCGAUAAAACCGGCGAAAUGGAAAGAGAACAAGGAAAAAUAAGGGACGUUAUCAAUCACAACGAUGCAGCCGAAGCAUCAAGCGACCGUAAUGAAAAACACUUAACGAAGAUCACCACUUCCGAACACGGAUCAUGGAAAAAACACGACACACGUGAAAAGUAUCAAGAUUAUCAUAAUAUUUUCAACAGAUUUGGUGAUAAUAAACAACAUUCAACGUCUUUAGAUUAUAUCAGCGCGGCGGAACAGGAAAAGCCCGAUUUUCGUAUCCAUUAAUAAUUUCGCAAAAAAUAUUUUUGUACUUAGU